AUGCCGAGGACUGUGUCCCGAUCGCCAUCGUACCGUCGGAAGUAUUCGCCGUCUCCGGUCGCUCAUGGCCGAUACGGUAGCAGUAGGAGAAGCCGGAGGGACCGCAGCCGUUCCCCGUAUUCAUACAGGUCUCAUCUCUAGCCCUCUGCUCCGGUUUCCAUCACCUGCUCCGAUAGACGCAGGUUUAUCUUUGCAUCAUCUGCUUUUUUUCUCUCUUCUUCUGCUUGCAAGGAGAAAACGAGAAGAAAUACUUCAAUCUGUAAAAAUUGCCAUACGAUCCACCGUCCGAAAAAACAUCGAAAGCAGAAAUCGGGACAGAAAACUGAAGAUAAUGAUUUAUUGAAGGGUAUCGGACUUCGAAAUUACCUCUUAAGCUUCUCGCUGAUACGCAUCUUCUUCUAGAAGUGAGUUAUAUCUUGUGUAACGAGGUAGAUGGCCUCUGACCGAGCAGUAGACAUCGGGAUAUAUGAGAGUAGGUUUCAGUAAGAGGAUGGAAGAUGGCAAAAGGGAAGGGAAAGUGGUGUAGUGCGAAAGGAUGGAGCGUUUGCUGUUUAGUUGGGCAGUAGUUUGUGUCAGUUGCGGCUCUGCAUCUGUGACGGCAUUCAUGCUUGUUUCUUCUUUGAAAACUAUCGCAGAAAAGGUGGAAUUAACGAUGUUCUUUAUUUUAUUUGGUCUCCUAAUCGUCAAACAAGAUCAAUAAUAAUACGGGAAGUGUAUAAAUUGCAAACUAUAUAUUAGAAAGUUAAGCAGACCAUUUCUGGCACGCUCUGCCUCGCUCCCCUCUUCCUCCCUCUCGCUGUCUCCGUCUCUCUACGUAAUUGUAUCAUAUUGCUGCGCUUUCACCAGUAUCUUUGCAAUCAAAUGCGUCCAUUGACCAAGUGCUUUUUUCCAUCAAAAUCUGUUCAAUCUUCAAAGGAAAGGGUUCAAGCCAAUGUAGAACCUUUUAAUUAGCUUGCUGUUUUGGUUCGCUGUUGUUCUUGAGGGAUGCUUAUCUUGCCUAUUUAUUGAUUGAUAUGCGUUAUCCUAUGUGAAGAGGACCAAAAUAGAUGGUCAAGGUGCCUGUAGAUUCUCUUUGAAUGGAUCUCUUCAGAAGCUUGUUCAUAUCUCUUUCGCCAUUGUUAGUAUUUGACACUCCAACCUUUUCUAAGAAAAGUAUUAAUGCAGUGGUAAGCACUACAGAUGUAUGUGACCAUCAGGCCUUAGAAACUACGAUCAACAGCAUUACACCAGAGGGUCUUCUCACAUUAGUUUGGUAAACAUAUUCAUUCAUCUGAUUUGAAGAUACAAGAUUAAAUACUUGAACGAACGAUUCAUUGACAAGGCUUUCACAUGACAUCCGGUGCCAUUCUCUCUUACCCGUUGUAAUAUCUGACAAAGGAAAGGAUGUGUCAAUGCUGAUGAUGAAUAUUAUCGUCCGUCCUUACUUAACUUGUAUAAGAGUGGGUUAUGAGGAAAAUCUGAGUGUGCAUCGUUUAAACUAAUGACGACUGAGUUACCUGCGAUCACUAUAUAUACUGCAUCAUGUCUACCACAUUAGGUAAGUUGUAAAACUGUCUUCAUCCUCACCUGAUUUCAUACAUUGGUGUACAGGAGACGAAGUCGUUCCAUUUCUCCAAGACACCACAAAAGCCGGUCCCCAUCAGCUAGGCGCCAUAAAAGCCGUUCUCCAACUCCAAGGAGAUCUAAGAGACAAAGCACAAGGAGCCGCACAAAGUCUCCAUUUGAAAAAUCUCCCAGUCCAAGGAUCGAGUCACUGGAGAAGAAAGCCUCCAUAGAAAAAUUGACAAAAGAAGAAGAAGAAAAGAAAAGGUACUCAAAUAGUUACUGUAAUGCAACUUACAUCAGAUCUAUCAUUUUGUUUUCCCUUUAGGUACUGAAAUGCACAAAGUUAUGCUACUGUCGUUCAUCCGUUGUAGCUUGGCUUCAUGGAUCAUGGCAUAGUUGGUCGCCUGAGCUCCCACACCACUCAGGGGCUGCCUUGGUCCUGAAAUCAUUCAUUUAUAAAUUGGUGUAACUGUCACGGAAACAGAGAGCAUGAACUACGGCCUCUCCAUGAACUAUACAGUAAACACAAUAAUGGGAAUCAUUUGCAAGAGACCAGAAUUAAAUUUCAACGACGAAUUAUCAGACCAUCACGAUGAAGAACCUCAAGAAAAAACCAGUUCAGACUAUAAAUCAAAAAGUCUCUGAGUGACAGAUUGCGCACUGUUCAUAUGCAUUGACAGAGGCGGUAUAACUAGGUCGUCAAGGACCUAGUUCAUCUCAUGUGGCUCUAAAUUUCAUUACGCUAUUCUCUUGUUUUCUAAUUGUACAGAGGCAGUCAUCAGAUAUGAUUUUUCAGUAUGUGGUUUACUUAUAUUAAGCUCUGGAGCUACAAGAAAGCUUCUGGCAUGGUCAGGUGAGGAAGUUAAGUUGCAAAAAACAAUACCCACGAAGGUGAAGGCUCUUUUUGCAAUGGAUGUAGGUUGUAAGGAUCCGUUCUGUUACGUAAAGGUACCAUUUUAUAUGUUGUCUGUGGGUCAAUCGGCUCAGUAAUUUCUUCAUGUUUAUUUACAAAUAAGAAUAACCCGUCAUUUCCUGCUUUAUAUUUUAACAAAAUGAAGACUUUUUUGAGUGUCAGCGCAGUGGUUUCACAUGAAAAUUAAUGUUCUUUCGUGAUUAGUUUUCAACCUGCAACAGGUUAUGACAUUCUUCGCCACAGGCUUUUCUGAAGGAAGCUUCUGCUAUAGUUCUUCAACUUGUUAUAUAUUGAUGAUACCUUUGGUGCCUCGUUUAUCUACUGUUCUCCGGUUUGAAAACUCGUUAAUUUGGAUCAGGAAUCUUUUAUAGAGGUAUGCCUUGAAAGCACAGGAGGAUUAAUUUGCUAUAAAAUAAGUGAGCUUGUUCUUGUUGCUUGUCGAUUUCCUUCCCCAAAGGAACCUUAAUUCAGAUGAUGGAGCGACAGAUCAUAGUUCCAGUCAAACAUCUCAUCUGAUUUAUUUAUUUUUUUCUCCCAUCUCAAGCAGGCGACAGCAGGAGGCAGAAUUGAAACUGUUAGAAGAGGAAACCACGCGGAGAAUCGAAGAGGCUAUUCGGAAGAAAGUUGAGGAGAGCUUAAAUUCCGAGGAGGUCAAGCUGGAAAUCCAGAGACGGAUAGAAGAAGGCCGAAAGAAGAUGCUCAACGAAGUCACAGUCCAACUCGAGAAGGAGAAGGAGGCUGCCCUUGCCGAAGCUAGGCAGAAAGAGGUUAGCUCUUUCUGUGGGUUGACUAUUCUGAUAAAAAUGUUUGGAUUACCUAAAUUCCAAUCAAAUUAUUGAGAAAAAAAUAUAUAUGUUUACAUUGGGUUGACUUCUAUAACAAUCCCUUUUGUGUGGCAGGAGCAAGCUCGGAGGGAGAGGGAGGAGCUUGACAAGAUGCUCGAGGAGAACCGGCGGCGGGUGGAGGAAGCCCAGAGGAGGGAAGCCCUGGAACAGCUGCAGAGGGAGGAAGAACGGUACAGGGAAUUGGAGCGCCUCCAGAGGGAGAAGGAGGAGGCCAUGAGGAGGAAGAAGCAGGAAGAAGAGGAGGAGAGGGCCAACCAGAUGAAGUUGCUCGGUAAGAACAAGACCCGCCCGAAGCUCUCAUUCGCCAUCAAUUCCAAGUGA